GGUUAGUUCCUCUCAGCACGUCACGCGGGUUGGUCGGGACGCUCCCUCGUGCCACGCCCCGCCUGGGAAACAUUUCAUAAGUUGCCCUGGAAACGAGGACAGCAUUAGUGCGGGAGUUUGACAGACAGAAGGGAGCCAGUGUAGUCUUGCCGCGCGUCCACCGCCGUCACUCAACUCUCAAUACAACAAGAUGGGGGAGCACCAGGGAGGCGUGGUGGCGCUCGUGGUGGUGAACUUCUUGAUCUUCUGCGGCACGGUGGCCCUCAACCAACUCUCGGCCUUCCCGGAGUUCGCUGGUGGCCUGUUUAUUAGACGCCAGGACCCCGCUGUCUCGUAUGGCCUAGGCGUUCAGUCUCCAGGUAUCUUCAACUCCACGCCGGGCAACAUGUCAGCCAGGUAUGAGAUCGACGUGACCCCGGCUGGCUUCACCUUCCUCGUGUGGUCCGUCAUCUACGUAUGGCUGCUCCUGGCUCACCUUUACGCUCUCAUCCUCCUGUGUCGCCGUAACGCAGUCGGGCCUGUUUACGUGAGUCCCGGAGUCCUCACCACAGGUUUCCUCGUCACCUAUACGCUCAAUCUGCUGGCUAACAUCGCCUGGCUCUUCCUGUGGGACAACCAGCUCAUCAUCUACGCGUCUGCUGUCCUGUGGUUCAUCUGCCUCACCAACUGGAUCGCUCUCGGCAUCCUGCAUGGAAACGUGCACAGCCAUGGACCGUGGAUGUGCCGCCACGCCAAGGUGGACCUGUGGAUGUACCGAAUUCUGUGGCACAACGGCAUGGCCACCUACACUACCUGGACCACGAUUGCUGCCCUGCUCAACCUCGGCAUCGCCCUCAGGUACGAGGCGGGACUGGCCAUGCAGAUCGUGGUAUACGUGGUCCUCGGUUCGCUCUCCGGCAUCAUGGUUCUCUGGUUCCUGCUGGAGAACACUGUGUUGGACCGUUUCGUGCGCUACACCAUCACCCCCUACGCAGUGGUGGUGCUGGCCAUGGCGGGGAUCUACGUGAAGCAGUACGCCUCAGCCACCAUGGAGACCGGCUAUUUCAUCGUCGUGCUGCUGGGCGUGGCGGUGUUCUGUCUGGUGGCUCGCCUUGGCCUGGUCAUCGUGCGGGCCGUCAAGAGUCCCCUGUACGUGAACAACAAGGUGGGAGACGACCCCGUGCUGAGCUUCGCCGCCUGAUACUGGGGCUACGUGGACACCUCCUCCCCGUCCUCGGCCUCCUCGCACCUCCUCGCCACCUACACCAGCCUGUGAAGAGAGAGAGAGAGAGAGAGAGAGAGAGAGAGAGAGAGAGAGAGAGAGAGAGAGAGAGAGAGAGAGAGAGAGUUUUAUUGUUUUAAUUGUACGGUUUACAUAUACAACUUCUUGUAAUCUUCCACCUCCCUUGGUUUUUUUUGUUCAUAUUUUAAUGCGAAUGUUUAUAUUACAUACAAAAUCCUUUAUGUCCAUUCCGGGGGAAGAUUUCGAAGAACUUGAUGUACUGAUAGAAAGUAUACAUUGUACCAUGCGCGCUCCUGCCGCCGCGCAACUCACCUGCGAUGGAUGCAGCGUGUGUGUGCGGGCGGCCCUGGGGACAUGCAGGCACCAGAGGCAGGCUAUAGGAAGCUCCCCGCGCCCCUUCGCCAGCAUCCAGUCAGGCGUAGUGUCUGUCUCAUGUUAGUAGUUCAAGAGAAGUGUUUAGUCCAUCAGUCCGCGUAUUAAUGUUAUGUAAAUACGAGUAGUCGGCAAGGUAAGCCCGCCACUUACCGGUGAGCCUGUUCACAACCUGACGUAUACAAACACGGCGGGGCGGCGACAGUGGGGACAUCCUAGCAUGAAGUCAGCGCAUGAUGACAGUAGCGGAGGAGGAACCAUGAGGUGUUAGGAAAUAAGUAUCAGGGGGUCAAAGGAAGGGACUGGAAAGGUGAAAUGCACACGUGGAACGAAUGUCUCCCGCAUGAAACGUAACGAAGCUCCGGAGCGCCUGCUGAGAUCACGAGUGGAACAGAAGUGCCUGAUGAGGGAGGGAGGGAAGGGCGAGGGUGGUGAGGCGGACACACGAUGUGCGAAUAUUGGUGGAAUCUGGGCUGUUGAAAGAAGCAAUCCGGGACCAGAAGGGGUUGGGGACGUUUGACAAUGACUUAUGUAACAGAAAACAAAAAAGACUAAGAAGCGAGGCGUUCAUUGGUGUUUGAUUUUUUUAAGGAAAUUGCCGAAUGUUCUACACAAUAAACCAUAAUGUGGUGCACGUAUUAUAUUUCAAAUCCGUGCACAGUCCUUUGUAAGCAUAAAUAAUAUUAAAUCAAUAAAAUUAUCCCCCCAAAAUGUUCUCCCCUCCCCUGCGCCUGGCCGCCACACUUGCCACGCUGUGGACACCUGGCGGGUCGUGUCACGCCCCGCAUGUCACGCCCUGCGCUGUGACUCACAUGACUCACCCAAACAUUGGUGUCAUGGCAGCUGCAGGUCUUAGUUAUCCUUACGGUGCUUCUCAUUGUUUUAGACUUCUUAUUACUAUUCAUAUUAUUAUCCUUAUUAUUCUAAAGAAAAAUGUAACGAUGGAACGUAUGGCAGAGGGCGAGGGAUAACCGAUCUGAAUUCGGUUAUUACAGUCUAGUAAAUUUAAUGGAGACGUUUAGUUACACAUGUGGAAAUUAAAUCUCCCGCCCACCCGCUGACUAAUAGACAUUUUUGGCAAGUGAGAUGCUGCACCACCGCGCCCCACUGACUGUGGUGUUACUGAAUUGUUCUUCACAGGAUAAAGCUUAAUGAAAGUUGUUUUUUGUCAAGAAUAUGCUGCACCGUGUGUGUGUGUGUGUGUGUGUGUGUGUGUGUGUGUGUGUGUGUGUGUGUGCGUGCGUGUGUGUGUACGUCCUCGCCAGCAGCCAGAGGGCGUGCCGAGGGCGUGGUGGCGUCACGCUCGUCACGGUGCAUAGCUGAGCCCACCACCACCCUCACCACCCUCUCCUAUAGAAAGACAAUGCCAGGAUUUGAAUUUCAUUGUAUAUAUUAUUAGUUUUUUUAUAUAUAAAUAUAUAGAAUAAGGAAUAGGAAAUAUAUGAGCCCUGUUAUACAAAUUAAUUACAUAAUGGAUACGAUAUUUGAAAAAAAUACUAAAGUCAAUAAAACUUUGUGAUGA